AUGAAUUCUCUCUCCUGGUCAAGACCAACACCCCACCACCUCAAAUUGGGGGUGCAGCUGAGGCCUUCUUCCCUUUCUUCUUUUUUUCAGGGUUUUUGCUCUGUUAUCUGUCACUCAUAUAUAAUACUUAUAUCAGUCUGUUUCCACCUUUUUAUAUCUAACUUUAUAUUGAUUCUUCUCUCUCUCUCUCUCUCUCUCUCUCUCUCUCUCUCUCAAUGUACAGAGGGUGUUUCUUUCUCUCACUAUCUAUCUAUUUAUCUAUCUAUCUAUUACAGUCUGUCUAUGUAUUUAUCUAUUUCAGUCUCUUCAUAUCUAUCUAUACCUUUUUAUAUCUAUCUAUCUAUCUAUCUAUCUAUCUAUCUAUCUAUCUAUCUAUCUAUCUAUCUAUCUAUCUAUUAUCCGUCUAUCCAUAGCUAUCUAUAUAUCUAUUUAUCUAUGCCUGUUUAUAUCUAUCUAUCUAUCUAUCUAUCUAUCUAUCUCAGACUGUUUAGAAUUAUCUAUUUAUCCAUUAAAAUAAAUCUAUCUAUCUAUCUAUCUAUCGAUCUAUCUAUCUAUCUAUCUCGGUCUGCUUAUAUCUAUCUAUCUAUCUAUCUAUCUAUCUAUCUAUCUAUCUAUUUAUCUAUCUAUCUAUCUAUCUAUCUAUCUAUCUCAGUCUGCUCAUAUCUAUCUAUCUAUCUAUCUAUCUAUCUAUCUAUCUAUCUAGUUGAAUAA